CCUUGUCGUUGGUAGGAUUCAAGCCGUGUGUGUUUCUCUGAAGCUAGCAGUGGACAGGUUGCUGUCGUCAGAAAGCGUCCGCUGAUUCACAACACCAUGUGAACCCGCGCUGCGGCAGACACAAAGAACCAUGGGUCGGAGCAGUAGCAGCACUAUCUCCCACAGUGUUCCAGUGGUUGUGGUGUGCCUUGCUGCCUUGCUCCUGAGCAAUGUCUUGAUCUACCUAUACCUGGACUCUAUAUAUCACAGCGAUGAGCAGCUGGCGUCGUCCCAUGUAGGCUGUUUGCCUCAACAUUUCAAAAUGGUGACCAUGAAGAACUGCACCCCUUGGCUCCAAUGUUCACAGAUAAACACAGAAGUGCGCAAGCUGAAGCUGAUUGGUCAGGGAGCCGUUAAGAAGGUGUAUCUGGCUGAGUGGAGAACUCAGAAGGUGGCUCUGUCCAAACUGUCCUCUCUGGAAUACCUGGAGGAUUUCCUCCAUGGAUUGUCCAUGCUACAGGCCUUGCAGGGCUCCCAGGUGGUACAGUUGGUGGGGUUUUGCCUUGACGACCACACCCUGGUCACAGAGCACCACCCACAUGGCUCACUGCUCAACUUGGAUGGGGUUCUUGCACAAGAGCAGCAUCAGCAACAUAACACGUGGCAGACACGGCUGAGGCUGGCUAUGGACUAUGUCUCCAUCCUCCAUUACCUCCAUAACAGCCCAGCCGGGCGGAGGGUCAUGUGUGAUUCUAACAGCCUGGAGAAAACACUCUCCCAGUUUCUGCUGACAAAUGACUUUCACCUGGUAGUGAAUGAUCUGGACGCGCUGCCCGAGGUGGACCCGUCCAGGGGCUUGUUGGUGAAAUGUGGCCACCGAGAGCUCACUGGGGACUUCGUGGCCCCAGAGCAGCUGUGGCCGCUCAGAAACAAAGCGGAACCAUUUUCAGACGAUCUCAUGCCAGAGUAUGAUGAGAAAACAGAUAUCUGGAAGAUCCCAGACGUGACAUGGUUCCUAAUGGGAAGGGUACCUGGAGGAGAUUUAGUCCACUUCCAUCUUUUUCAGAUCCACGAGGAGUGUAAGAAGGAGGACCCCAAGCUCCGCCCCCCAGCUCUGGAUGUUUUAAAGGUGUACAAAUCAGUUUACAGCAGCAUGGUGCGGGACAAUGCUGGCUUUAGAGACAUGCUGUAGAACCAUGAACAUACAAUAAAAGCUCAAGCUACAGUUUUACAGUGUUGUGCAUUAUAAUAAACACUGCCUCAUUUGGAACUGACUGUAAA